CAAUUCAAUGUUAUUCGGUUUUUCGAAUCAAAUAGUAUUUCAGUAUUUUGUACAAUAUAAUUUUAAACCAUCGAUUAGAGACAAUUAAAGAUGUCUGAUAACGAAAUUAAACCAGAAAUUAUUAAAUUCAAGAAGAAACAAAGGAAGAAUUUGCGAGUGAAGAAAGAAUCCGAUAGCGAAGAUGAAGACGACGUUAGGUUGAAGUUGGAUAAUUUAAAGGAUAUUCAAAACCUACGGAAGAGACAAAAUGGUGUUAAUGUACUCAGCUUGGCACUGGGUAAAAAGAUAUCUGCAGAAGAAGAAGCAAUUUCUAAAGAUCCUUUUAAGAUAAAAGGUGGUGGAAUGGUCAAUAUGAAAGCCCUAAAAUCUGGUAAAAUGAAACAAGUCGAAGAUGCUUAUGACACUGGCAUUGGAACACAAUUCUCAGUUGAGACCAAUAAACGUGAUGAGGAUGAGGAAAUGAUGAAAUAUAUUGAGGAACAAUUAGCAAAACGUAAAGGCAACAAAUCAGAUGAAGAUGACUCACAGAGUGGUGAUGAAGAGGCCAAGUUGAAAUAUAGGAGUCCUGAAGAAGCUGCUUUACAAGCAGUACCUUCACAUCUGAGACAAUCUUCCACUCAUAGAUCAGAAGAGAUGUUAUCAAAUCAGAUGUUGAGUGGUAUUCCUGAGGUUGAUUUAGGUAUUGAAGCUAAGAUCAAGAAUAUUGAAGCAACAGAAGAGGCAAAAUUGAAUUUGCUUAGAGAAAAUAUGAAUAAAAAGGAUGGACCAUCUCAGUUUGUGCCAUCCAAUAUGGCUGUUAAUUUUAUUCAACACAAUAGAUUUAAUGUGGAAAGUGAAGUACCCAAGAAGAGAAUAAAGGUAGAGAACAAUGGAAAAGAUGGCAAGGGUAAAAAAGACGACAAAGCCUCUGAUGAUUAUUACUACGAAAAAUUCAAAAAGCAAUUCAGAAAACAUUAGUUAUUAACAAUAUCCGAACUUGUUCAAUUUAUUGUGACUUAUUUAAGUAUUUCACAUUUAUAGUUAGUUAAAUCAAAUAGUUAACAUUUAAUACAUUACUCUGUAAUAUUCGUUUUUGCUAUCUUGUAUUGCUAUUUCAUGUAGUAAGACCUAUUAUUUUUUGAACGAGUCAAU